UAUCAUGUAUUUUUUUUUAAAAAAAAAGAUAAUCCAAAUACCCUAACAGUCUUUACCCUUUUAUAGCGGUUCAAUCAGGCCCUAAACCACUGAAAACUUGCAAACGAGUCCUCACCGUUGUAAUUUCCCCCCCAUUCCCCAGUUCCAUCUUCCUUACCCUCCUGUACCCUGUUUGUAAAUUAUAUAAUGAAACUUUCCCUCCUUCCAAAAUCAGAAAAAUUUGGUUUCGCCACAACACCCACCUUCCUCAGCAAUCUCCUCAACACCGUCUACCACUCCCAAUCCCUCAAACAUGUUACCCAAAUCCAUACCCAUAUCAUCGUUAACGGCUACACUUCCCUCCCCUUCCUCGUCAACGCUCUCCUCAACCACUACGCCAAAUGUGGUCGCAUUGCCACCUCCUUAGUUCUCUUCUCCGCUGCUCAUCAAUCCACUAAGAACGUCUUCACUUGGACCUCCCUCAUCUCCCAACAUACCCAUUUCAACAAACCCUUUCAGGCCCUGUCUUUCUUUACCCAAAUGAGGGCCGCCGGUAUUUUCCCAAAUCACUUCACUUUCUCCGCGAUUUUACCCGCCUGUGCGGAUACAGCCGUCAUUUUUCACGGUCAACAGAUGCAUUGCUUGAUUUGUAAACAUGGGUGUGACACAGAUGUUUUUGUUGGUACUGCAUUGCUUGAUAUGUAUGCCAAGUGUGGGUUUUUGGACUUAGCAGAGAAGGUGUUUGUCCAAAUGCCUGAAAGAAACCUUGUUUCUUGGAAUUCUAUGAUAGUUGGUUGUUUGUCCAAUCAGUUGUAUCAUAAGGCAGUUGUGUGUUUUAGGGAGGUUAUCAGGGAGGACUUGUUUGGUGCUAAUCAGGUUAGUAUUUCAAGCGUCUUAAGCGCUUGUGCCAAUAUGGGUGAAUUGGGAUUUGGGAAACAAGUGCAUGCAUUGGUUGUUAAGCACGAUUUGGAGACUUUGCCUUAUGUUAAGAAUUCGCUUAUGGACUUGUACUUCAAAUGUGGCUGCUUUGAUGAUGGUCAUAGGUUGUUUAAUGCACAAGGGACCAGAGAUGUUGUUGCAUGGAAUGUUAUGGUUAUGGGUUGUGUCUAUAAUAACAACUUUGAAGAAGCUUGCAAUUGUUUUUGGGUCAUGAGGAGUGAAGGUAUAUCGCCUGAUGAGGCUUCAUACUCUUCUGUCCUUCAUGCUUCUGCAAAUCUUGCUGCGCUAAAUCAAGGCACUUUGGUUCAUGGCCAAAUAAUAAAGAUGGGGUUUUCUAAUAAUGCAUGUGUUGUUAGUUCAUUGGUUACAAUGUACGCAAAGUGCGGAUGCCUGGAUGAUGCUUAUCAUGUCUUUGAACAGACUGAGAAUCAUAAUAUCGUUUGUUGGACAGCAAUGAUUGCUGCUUGCCAACAACAUGGCCGUGGAAACCAAGCCAUUGAAUUGUUUGAGGAAAUGCUUAAAGAUGGGAUAAAACCUGAUUACAUUUCUCUUGUUUGUGUUAUAUCAGCAUGUAGCCAUACUGGACGCAUUGAAGAGGGAUAUGCUUACUUCAAUUCUAUAACAAAGGUGCAUGGCUUGAGCUCCAGGCAUGAACACUAUGCUUGCAUGGUUGACCUCCUUGCUCGUGCAGGUCGACUUGAUGAAGCUCUGAAGUUUAUAAAAUCAAUGCCAAUUAAGCCUGACGCAUCAGUUUGGGGAGCUCUGCUUGGUGCUUGUGCAAAUUAUGGUAAUCUUGAACUGGGCAGAGAAGUUGCAGAGAGGCUUUUUGAGUUGGAGCCAGAUAAUCCUGGCAAUUAUGUGUUGCUUUCUAACAUGUAUGCACGUAGGGGAAAACUAAAAGAAGCUGAUGAAGUUCGAAGAUUGAUGGGCAUCAAUACAAUCAGAAAGGAGCCUGGGUGUAGCUGGAUUGACGUCAAACAGAAGACUUUUGUGUUUACCGUGCAUGAUAGAUCACAUUCUAGGACAGAUGAGAUUUAUGUGAUGCUGAGACAGUUGGAAGAAUUGGUGAAGAAGAAAGGAUAUGUGCCUCAAACACAAUUUGCAGUUAAUAGUGCAGAAGCUUACAGGGAGCAGAACUUGUGGUAUCACAGUGAGAAACUUGCGCUUGCAUUUGGGCUGCUGGCCCUUCCAACUGGAGCACCAAUUAGGAUUAAAAAGAAUUUGAGGACUUGUGGUGACUGUCACACAGUCAUGAAGCUAGCUUCUGAAAUUUUCAAAAGAGAGAUCAUUGUGAGGGAUAUUAAUCGGUUCCACCAUUUCAAUAAUGGUUUGUGUUCCUGCAGAGACUUUUGGUGACUGAAUUUUAUUAAUUGGGGGAUGAAAGAUAUUUUAGCUAGCUUUCUCUCCUUUAUCCAACAACCACCAAGGAAUUGCACUUUUAUUUAUUCUUAUUUUAGAGUUUGACAUGCAAUUGCUUCAAAGGAAAUGGUUGACACUGUUAAGGUUGACAACUGCAUAUGCAAGUACAGGAGUCUGAAGAAAAAGAGGCGAGGGGUUCCAUUUCUCAUUGUUGUGAAGAAUGAAGAUGAUCUUGUUUGUAAUUCCUUAAGCACUGUCAUUGUAUAUGCACAGUGUAGUCUCUAGUUCAAAGCCAAGUGGGUUGAUGCUGGCCAAGAAAUGUGAUGAUGUGUA